AUAAGUGCGUCUGAGAGACUGCAGGCAUCUCUGUGAUCUCCGGGCUCAAGGCUGCACUCGGCGCACUACACAGCGAACUACACUGCAUCAUUACUGGAUAGGCAAAGGAUCACUGUGUAUCUAUGACUAUUUUCCUGCUCUUGUAGCAGUUUUUCCCCCCUUUCUUCCCGUGCACUUUAAUUGGAGAAGCUCGCCAAGAUGAUGUCCAUGAACAGCAAACAGCCGCACUUCGCCAUGCAUCCCUCUUUACCCGAGCACAAGUACACCACUUUGCAUUCCAGCUCGGAAGCUAUAAGGAGAGCCUGUCUACAAACUCCACAGCUACAGAGUAACAUAUUUGCGAGCCUGGAUGAGACCCUGCUGGCCCGGGCUGAGGCUUUGGCGGCCGUGGAUAUCGCCGUGUCCCAGGGCAAGACGCACCCGUUCAAGCCAGACGCCACCUACCACACGAUGAGCACGGUGCCAUGCUCGUCGACAUCCACCGUUCCACUGGCCCACCACCAUCAUCACCAUCACCACCACCACCACCAGAACCUGGAGCCCCAAGAAAUCAUGGACCACAUCACCUCGCCGUCCCUCGCCUUGAUGUCCAGUGCGCACGACGGGUCCGGCGGUGGAGGUGGCGGAGGCGGCGGAGGUGGCGGCGGAGGGCUCAUCUCCACCUCCUCUGCCCAUCCGCACUCUCACAUGCACGGCUUGAGUCACCUCUCCCACCAGGCUAUGAGCAUGAACUCGCCUCUCACCCACCACGGGCUCUUACCGGGCCACCACGGAGGGGGUCAAGGCGGCCCAGGACUCACUAACACCGGACUUCCCUCCAUCAAUGACUCGGACACGGACCCAAGGGAGCUGGAGGCUUUCGCGGAGCGCUUCAAGCAGCGGAGGAUCAAGCUGGGGGUGACCCAGGCGGACGUGGGCGGCGCUCUGGCUAAUCUCAAAAUCCCCGGCGUGGGAUCACUGAGCCAAAGUACAAUUUGUCGAUUCGAGUCGUUAACUCUCUCCCACAACAACAUGAUUGCGCUCAAACCUAUCCUCCAGGCCUGGCUGGAGGAGGCCGAGGGGGCCCAGAGGGAGAAAAUGAGCAAACCUGACAUUUUCAACGGAGGGGAAAAGAAACGCAAGAGGACCUCGAUAGCGGCCCCAGAAAAGAGGUCUUUGGAGGCGUACUUCGCCGUACAGCCUCGACCGUCGUCCGAGAAAAUAGCAGCUAUAGCUGAAAAGUUGGACCUGAAAAAAAAUGUGGUGCGAGUGUGGUUUUGUAACCAAAGACAGAAGCAGAAGAGGUUGAAAUUUUCCGCUGCUCACUGAUGGGCAAAGAAAAGAGAAACAACAACAACAAAAAAGUUGUGUGACUGAAUUUGGGGACCAAGGGACACUAAGACACCAUUUUCAGUCUUUUGUCUCCAGCGAUUUUACACGUUGGUGCGCAAUGGGCUUUAGAUACCCAUUUUAUGAGGCUUCAUAUAUCUUGUUUAUUUUCACGUUAUCGGUGAAUGUGAAGUAUGCAAAUAACAGAUUACACAAAUUUCGCUCAGUUGUUACGAGGGAAAAAGUUUAGCGACGUCGACAUUGCCUUUUAAAACAUGUGGAAAGAGGUAAUUUGCUUGAUACUAUAGCGAGUUAUUUUCUCCUAAUAGGCCUAUUAUUUGAAGUAUAGCCAUUUACGAAUUACCUCAUUGAUUGUUGAACUGUGUUUUUGGUUUGAUUUUUUGUCGUUGUUGGUAUAGAAUAAUUCAUGAAUCUGUUCAUUUAUUCAUGUGUUCAUUUCUUCUUAUUUGGAGGCUGCUACAAACUCAAAUUUAGUUGCAAACUUUUAUGGCUAACGGAAGAAAAAAAAAUGUUUAGGCCUGCAUGAAAUCCUAAUUCACGGGCAGUAAUUUAGCCUCUAUAGGCUGUCACAUCUAGAGAUAUAUUUAUUUUGAAUUUGCACAAAAGACCCUUUAGGUUUAUAGAUCGGUUAUGUCGAAAUGGUUUUGUAUAUACAGACAUCACUUUGUCACUUACCAGAGGUGAGCCUCCUGUCUUUUUGGACAUAAAUUAUAGGGUCUAUCGACACCAUUUGGCAUCACAAGGAGAACUUUGCAAAACAGAUCCAGAGAGCACGAAAAGCCUUGUCUGCUUCAUCCAGGAGAGAUCACCACGAGAACAAAAAAAUAAAUAAAAAAUACAAGUUUUUUCCUUUCCUGUGUUUCAGUUUGCAGUGCAAACACUCUAUGCAUUGGAAAAAGAAAUCACUGCGUACAGUAGAGCUGUCUACUGCUAGACUUUAUUUUGUGGAUGGUGUAAGUCACUGUUAAAUGCCUGUUUUCACAUUAAGAUCACCACGUUGUUUGUCGUGUUAAUUGUUACGGAAAACGUUGUGUAAGUAAUAUUUUACUUUUGUGCACAGGUAUGUUUACAAAAACUGCGGCGACAUGUGCAUCAUGGAAAAAAUGUCCCCACUGUCUCCUUCCCUCCUCCUCCUCCUCCUCCUACUCCUCCUCUCUCACAACUUCUCCACUCUCCUCUGUUGUCCUCUUACUUUCAUUGGUACUAUUCAUCCUGUAAGCCAAAUUCAACAGGGAGGUGUGUUCCAGCAAUCUUCUAAUAAAUUGAAGAAAGAAAACGA